UACCUACCCACCCACCCAAGCAGCCAACCAAGGUUUUCCCCUCCGCGCCCAUUUCAGCCCUCACAAGGAGAAACAUACAUGUCUCCCCACGCCUCACCGCCCACCGCUGCUUUUCUACUUCUUUUUCUGUCCGCCGUUGCAGGCGAUGGCGCCGCGGCGGCGAGGGUCCCGGCGGUGAUAGUAUUUGGAGACUCGUCAGUGGACGCCGGGAACAACAACCAGAUAUCGACGGUACUGAAGAGCAACUUCCGGCCGUACGGGCGCGACUUCUUCGGCGGCCGGCCGACCGGGCGGUUCUCGAACGGGCGGAUACCGCCGGACUUUAUAUCGGAGGCGGUGGGGCUGCGGCCCUUCGUGCCGGCGUACCUGGACCCGAUGUACGGAAUCACAGACUUCGCCGCCGGCGUAUGCUUCGCUUCUGCCGGCACCGGUUUUGAUAACGCUACCUCUAAUGUCCUCAACGUGCUACCGAUAUGGAAAGAGAUCGAGUUGUACAAGGACUAUCAAAACAAACUAAAAGCCCAUGCGGGCGAAUUAGAAGCGAAGAAAAUAAUAUCGGAGGCGCUCUAUUUGAUUAGCUUAGGAACAAACGACUUUCUAGAGAACUAUUAUAGUCUCCCGAGCACGCGCUCAAGAUAUAGAACAAUUGAUCAAUUCCAAGACUACCUUCUCGGGUUGGCGGAGAAUUUUUUAAGAGAAUUGUAUAGUUUGGGGGCUCGAAAGAUGUCUUUAACGGGCCUCCCUCCGAUGGGGUGUCUACCGUUGGAGAGAACAAGAAAUUAUGUCAAUGGGAACGGGAAUGGAUGCAUGGAGGAGUACAAUGCCGUGGCAUUGCGCUUCAACGGGAAAUUGAGAGGUUUGGUUAAGAGAAUGAACUCGGAGUUGAGUGGUAUUCGCGUCGUGUUCUCAAAUCCUUAUGAGGUUUUCGUGCAAAUCUUGAGGAACCCUUCUCACUUUGGUUUUGAAGUGGUAUCGGUUGCUUGUUGCGCUACGGGUAUGUAUGAAAUGGGAUACUUAUGUGAUCAAAUGAGCCCAUUUACUUGCGCGGAUGCGGGCAAAUACGUGUUUUGGGAUUCUUUUCAUCCGACGCAAAAAACAAGUGAGAUCAUUGCGGAUCACUUGAUGAAGCAUAGUUUGCAUCAAAUUUUAUGAAAUAUAUAUAUAUAUAUUCGCCCUUAUUAUUACUUAAUAACUUUGUAACGUCAAGUAAUUGCAACGUAUUUAUCUAGCAAUGACAUAAUGAAUGAGUAAUUAAGUUAAUUAUUAUGCUACUAUUGAAGCUUAUUUUUU